CUUCCCCAUUGUGAAGAAUCUGCUUUUAUUCUGUCAGAACUGUACAAAAUGACAGCUUCAAAGGGAUUUUCAGUAUGGACGGCGGCUGUAUUUAUCACGUCUUUCAUGGCGGGAAUGGGAAUCUUAGCUAUGCCACAUGCUCUGGCUGGAACAGGGUGGUACGGCCUAUUACUAAUUGCAUUGGCAUGCUUAAAUGCCUGGUACAGCUCUUUAAUUCUUGGUCGUUCUUGGGUUAUUCUGGAAGAAAGAUGGGUAGAAUACAGGCAAAAAUUCAGGUAUCCCUAUCCGGCAAUAGGAGAACGAGCUGUAGGACCGUGGAUGAGGUACUUUGUGACAGUGUCAUUACAUAUUACGCUGAUGGGAAUAGGGGUGGUCUACAUUUUGCUGUCGGCACAAAUAGUCCAAUCAAUGACACAGAAAUUAUUUACCUUGGAUUACUGCUACUGGAUUAUAAUACUGGCAGCAAUUCUUUGUCCGCUUUCUUGGUUUGGAAGAAUCGAAGAGUUCUGGUUUGCUGCCAUAGGCGCACUAGUAACCGCUGGCCUAGCCUGUUUUUCCAUCUUCAUCAGCUUGAUUUUGCAGGCUCCUGACAUGAACAAAGUAGACUAUGGAGGUGCCAAUUUUAAUUCAGCAUCACUAGCAUUUGGAACAAUUUUGUUUGCGUACAGUGGAGUCUACAUGUUCCCUACGAUACAGAACGAUAUGGAAAACAAACAGCAAUUCAAAAAGGCUACAAUCUUAAGUUUUAUAGGUAUUCUGCUUUUCUACUUACCUGUUAUCAUCACAGGAUAUGCUGUCCUGGGAUCGGCAGUUCCGGUCAAUAUUCUAAUGGCGAUCGAUGAAGGCUACUUCAAAUCAUUCAUUGAAGCAUGUUUGGCUUUGCAUAUUUUCUUGGCAUUUUUAUUGGCAAUCAAUCCUGUGGCCCAGGAAAUUGAAGAGGUUUUUAAAGCGAAAUCAAAUUUCAAUUACAAGCGCUGCCUCAUUCGAACUGCAAUAGUAGCUACCAUUUUAAUAGUAGCCUACACAAUUCCUCAUUUUGAUAAGAUUCUUAACCUCAUUGGCGGAUCAACAAUGACACUUCUCAGCUUUGUUCUUCCUCCUUUGUUCUACUUGCUCUUGGUUAAAAAGGGUCUGACAGAUACUAAAAGUGAAAUUCCUGUAUAUGAAAAAAUAUUCCUGUAUCAAAUCAUGAUAACAGGUUGCAUUGGAGCAAUAACAUGUACUUAUUUUGCUGUGGGAGAUAUAAUUGAUGUCUUCGUGAAAACUGAACCAACAGAAUUAAAGGGUGAUCAUGGGAUACCCAUCUAAGUGCAUAUUUAUUUCAAUGAAGUAUGUGAGAAGAAUGAGACGAGUCCCUACUUUUAUAUUUGCAUUGCACUUGAAAUGCAAAUAAUUACUGUGAUAGAAUGCAUAUUGCAUAAAUGUAUGUGUAAUGAGAUAUGUAAUGAAUAAUAUAUUUCUAGUUGUGAGUUUAUUAUAUUUUUCAGUGUGAAAAUAAAUCAUUUUAUCAUAUUUA